CGGAACGCGCGGAGAAAGCUUUGGUUGCUUUCAGCCUCAGGUGGGGAGCCAAAACGGAUCAGGAAAACUAGGGUUUUAGGCCUUCCAGGGGGACGAUGGCGUCCAAAACCCUAGCUCGUGCUGGGGCUUCCCUCAUCAAUCGCCUCCGCCUCUUCAAUCCAUUCAAUCCCCCGAAGCCGAGUAGCUCGUUGAUUCUGCCUCACAUUCAUUCCAAUCCUUCGACGCAGUCUUAUCCGGCCAAGUUUCAGACACAUUGGCCUCCUCCGGUGGAGGGAGGAGAAGACGCAGAAACCCUAAAAAUAUUGGUUUCUCCUGAACGGAUUUCCUUCCCCUGCGGGCUCCCUUCGCUUCGCUUCUUUAUAGAAGAUGGAAAUGAUGCUUUGGUGAACGAGCCUUUACUCCUACUUCCAAAAAGAACUUACCAGCCAAGCCAUGUCAAGCGCAAGAGAACUCAUGGUUUCCUUGCACGUAAGGCGACGAGAGGUGGACGGAGGGUCAUUGCCCGGAGGUUGGCGAAAGGUAGAUCAAGAAUCACCGUAUAACAUCGUAUCUCUACCAAGUCUGGUAGUAUUCUGGAAGUGCACUAUCCCUUGGAAAUAUUAGAUUGUUGUGAUCUAAAUAUAACUGUACUCUCUGAUUCCUAGUAAUUGCAGACUAGAAAUAAUAAUUUACAGCAGCAAUUGUAGCAAUAUGUUCUGUAACAACGCAUUGUUUUUGGUUUGCAGUUGGCACAUGUGCCUGGAAUGAUUCCAUGCAUUCUUUUAAAUCAAAUUACAUUUGAGUUAACAAUAUUUACAUUGUGACC